GCUGAGAACCAGCACGGCAUCUCGGAGCCCUGCGAGACAAGCGAGCCUAUUCGGGCCCGCCAUGCGUUCGACGUGCCGGGCGCGCCAGGAGCGCCUCAGAUGGUGACCACGUCCGAGGACUCGGUGACACUGCGCUGGCAGCUGCCCAAGCACAACGGAGGCUCGCCCAUCACCGGCUACCUGCUGGAGCGCCGCGUGCCCGGCGAGGGAUGGGUGAAGGCCUGUCACGCCACCAUCCCGGGCGUCGAGUUCAAGGUCAUGAACCUGACAGAGGGCACCGACUACGAGUUCCGCGUGUCUGCUAAGAACGCGGCCGGCCAGGGUCCCUGGAGCGGCCCGUCCGACCCCAUCAAGGCCCAGUCACCUCCCAGCGCUCCGAAGAUCACUUCGGAUCUGGCGAUCCGCGACAUGACGGUGCGCGCCGGCGAGCCGUUCACCAUCUCAGUGCCGUUCACCGCGUCGCCGCGGCCGAAGCCCACCUGGACGGUCGGAGGCGAUGAGAUCUUCCCCGACGAGCGGAUUAGAUUCGACACCAGUGACACCGAGAGCAUCCUGAGCAACAAGCGGGCCAAGCGCUCCGACCAGGGCAGCUACACCAUCAAGCUGACGAACCCGGUCGGCUACGACACGGCCACGUGCCGCGUCCAGGUGGUCGACAAGCCGACCGCCCCCCAGGGACCGCUCGACAUAUCGGAUAUCACACCAGAGACCUGCUCUCUGUCCUGGAGAGCGCCGCUGGACGAUGGCGGUUCGCCGAUCACAAACUACUCGGUCGAGAAGAUGGACAUCAACACAGACGUGUGGAACAAGGCGUGCAGCUUUGUGCGCGGCUGCAACUACGUCGUGAUGGGCCUGGAGCCGAACAAGAAGUACCUGUUCCGCGUGCGCGCUGAGAACCAGUACGGCCUCUCGGAGCCGCUCGAUUCUUCGGAGCCGAUCACGGCCAAGUUCCCCUUCAACGUGCCGGACGCGCCGGGCAAGCCCAAGGUGCUCGACGUCACGCCCAGCUCGGCCAAGCUCAUGUGGGAGCGGCCGGCCUCCGAUGGCGGCUCCAAGAUCCAGGGCUACAAGCUGGAGAUGCGCGACGUCACCGAGGAGCAGUGGCGCGACUGCAACGACUACCUGGCGCGCGACACCGUCCACCAGGUCAACGGUCUGCCCGAGGGCCGCGAGUACGAGUUCCGCGUCAAGGCCAAGAACGCGGCCGGCUUCAGUCGACCGUCGGCACCCAGCCCGCGCGUGCACCUGCGCGCCAAGCGUGGCGUGCCGGCGGCGCCGGGCACGCCACAGGUGACCAAGGUCACGCGCAGCUACGUCGACCUCAAGUGGGAGCCGCCGGCGUUCGACGGCGGCAGCCGCGUUACCGGCUACGUGGUGGAGAAACGCGAGGUCGGCCACCCCUACUGGAUUCGCUGCAGCGAGUACAACGUGCCCGACUGCGAGUUCUCGGCCAUCAACCUGAAGGAGGGCGGCGACUACGAGUUCCGCGUGAGCGCCGUGAACUCGGCCGGCCGUGGCGAGCCGGCACAGUGCAUCGCGCCGGUGCGCGUGCAGGAAGUGGUCGGCGGCCGGGCCCCCGAGUUCGUCAAGUCGUUGAUGAACACGGGCGCCGGUCUGAUGCGGCCACUCACGCUGGAGUGCCAGGCCAUCGGCACGCCGAUGCCUGGCGCGCGCUGGCUGCGCAACGGCCGCGUGGUGAACACGGACCUGGAGCGCGUGCAGGCGGAGGAGGCGGACGGCGUGUUCCGGCUGGUGUUCAGCGAGGUGUGGGCCUCCGACGACGGCGAGUACGCCUGCCAGGCAGGCAACGUCAUCGGCCAGGCCACCACCACCUGCCGCCUGCGCGUCGGAACUCCCCCGAGGAUUGACAAGGUGCCGAACGACAUGUACCUGCCCGAGGGCGACAACGCCAAGAUCAAGAUCUACUUCUCCGGCGAUCAGCCGAUGGACGUGUCGCUCUUCCACGCCGGCAAGGAGGUGGAGGACAACCACCACGUCAGGUACACCGUCUUCGACGACUACCUCAUCAUCUUCAUCAAGGAGGUGCAGAAGGCGGACGCUGGCCAGUAUCAGCUGAAGGUGAAGAAUGACAGCGGGGAGGUGUCGGCGACCUUCAACGUGUACAUCACGGGCCUGCCGGGCCCGCCGCUGGGCCCGCUGAAGCCGAGCGAAAUCACCAAGCACACGUGCACGCUUUCGUGGCAUCCACCGGCCUUCGAUGGCGGCGCACGCGUCACGCACUACGUGGUGGAGCGGCGUGACAUUGCGCACGACCACUGGGUGGUGGCGUCCACCACCUGCAAGGAUACGUCGUUCAUCGUCCAGGGCCUAACCGAGAACCAGGAGUACCUGUUCCGCGUGAUGGCCGCCAACCAGAACGGCAUGGGCCCGCCGCUGGAGGGUCUGAACCCGGUGAAGGCACGCUCGCCCUAUGACCUGCCCUCGGCGCCGGGCGUGCCGACCGUCAAGGAGGUGGGCGGUGACUUCGUCAACCUCAGUUGGGAGCGGCCCGAGAAGGACGGCGGCGCCAGGAUCCAGGGCUACUGGAUCGAGAAACGCGAGACCGGCACACCCAACUGGCUCAAGGUUAACCAGGUUCUCUGCACGACGCCCCAGAUCAACAUCCCCAACCUGGUGGAGGACCGGCAGUACGAGUUCCGCGUGUUCGCCGUCAACGAGGCCGGCCCGAGCGAGCCCUCGACGGCCAGCUCGUCGGUCAAGAUCCGCGACCCGCACGCGGCCACUCCUCCGGAGAUUAUUCAACCGCUGAAGAACGUGAUGGCGCUCCAGAACAAGUCAGCCACCCUCGAGUGCAAGAUCACGGGCAGUCCCAAGCCCAAGAUCACCUGGUACAAGGGCAACCGCGAGAUCUUCAGCGGCGGCAAGUACUACAUGGACAAGGACGGCGACACGUACUUCCUGGACAUACGAGACGUGUACGGCGAGGACGCCGACGACUACAGCUGCCGCGCCCACAACCCCGGCGGCCACAAGUCCACCCGCGCCUCCCUCACCAUCAAGACCGCGCCCAAGAUCAACGUACCGCCUCGGUUCCGCGAUACGGCCUUCUUCGAGAAGGGCGAGAACAUCGUCAUCAAGGUGCCGUUCACGGGCAACCCCAAGCCACGCUGCACGUGGACCAAGGAUGGCGAGGUCAUCGAGAAGGGCGCUCACUUCGACGUGGAGACCACGGACCGACACGCCAUUAUCACGAUCCGCGACGUGGACCAGAUGGACAACGGACCGUAUCGGUUGGUGGCCGAGAACGAGCUCGGCGCCGACUCCUGCAUCAUCAAGGUCCAGAUCGCAAACCAUCCUGACUCGCCGCGGUACGUGAUCGCCGAGAAAGCCACGCACAACUCGUGCAUCGUCACCUGGAAGCCUCCCACAUGGGACGGCGGCAGCAACGUCACCAACUACGUCAUCGAGAAGCGCGAGCACCCCAUGUCCACAUGGAUCCGGUGCGCCAACACCAGGUUUACCGUGCACGAGGCGCAGGGCCUGACCCCCGGCCAGACGUACUCGUUCCGCGUGAUCGCCGAGAACAUCUACGGUCGCUCGGCACCCAGCGACGAGUCGACGCCCAUCACCACGCGCGACGUCACCAAGAAGAAGGAGCAGAAGCGCAAAUACGAGGUGGACGAGAACGGCAAGAGGAUCCGCGGCCGCGCCGACAAGCCGGUGGACAACUAUGACCAGUUCGUGUUCGACAUCCACGCCAAGCACGUGCCGCAGCCGGUGGACAUCAAGCACGACAGCGUGUACGACCACUACGACGUGCUGGAGGAGAUCGGCACGGGCGCGUUCGGCGUCGUGCACCGCUGCCGCGAGCACGCCACGGGCCACAUCUUCGCCGCCAAGUUCAUCCCCAUCAGCCACCCGAUCGAGAAGGAGCUGAUCAAGAAGGAGAUCGAUAUCAUGAACCAGCUGCACCACCCGAAGCUGAUCAACCUGCACGAUGCCUUUGAGGACGACGAUGAGAUGGUGCUCAUCUAUGAGUUCCUGUCGGGUGGCGAGCUGUUCGAGCGUAUCACCGCGCCCGGCUACACCAUGUCAGAGGCCGAAGUCAUCAACUACAUGCGACAGGUCUGCGAGGCCGUCAAGCACAUGCACGAGAAGAAUAUUCUACAUCUGGACGUCAAGCCGGAGAACAUUAUGUGCCAGACGUCCAAGUCGACCAACGUCAAGCUGAUCGACUUCGGCCUGGCCACCAAACUCAACCCCAACGAGCUGGUCAAGAUCUCGACGGGCACGGCCGAGUUCGCCGCGCCCGAGAUUGUGGAGCGCGAACCGGUCGGCUUCUACACGGACAUGUGGGCCGUCGGCGUGCUUGGAUACGUCCUCCUGUCCGGCCUCUCGCCGUUCGCCGGCGAGACGGAUGUCGAGACCCUGAAGAACGUCAGGGCCUGCGACUGGGACUUCGACCGCGAGGCGUUCGCCAACGUCUCCGAUGAGGGCAAGGACUUCAUCCGCAAGCUUCUGCUGAAGGCCAAGGACAAGCGUCUGACUGCGCACGAGUGCCUGGAGCACCCGUGGCUGAAGGGCGACCUGACCGGCCUGGACGCGCCCAUCGACAGCUCGCGCUACACGCCCAUGCGCGACCGCAUCCGCGCCCGCUACGAGGGCUGGGGCGGCUACCCGCUGCCGAUGGGCCGACUGGCCAACUACUCCAGCUUGCGCCAACUGCAGAUGGACCGCUACAAGAUCCACGAGGUCAAUGUGGACCGGCUGCAGGCGGCCCCGCGCUUCGUCAUUCGUCCCAUGUCGGCGUUCGCCUACGAGGGCCAGUCGGUCAAGUUCACCUGCCGCGUCAUCUCGCUGGCGCCGCCCACGGUCACGUGGUACCGCGACAACAUGGAGCUGCGCCAGUCGGUCAAGUACAUGCGCCGCUACCAGGGCGACGACUACACCUUCGUCAUCAACCGCGUCAAGCUGUCGGACCGCGGCGAGUACAUGAUCCGCGCCGAGAGUCACUACGGCUUCCGCGAGGAGCCUGUCUUCCUGAACGUGCAGGCGCUGGCGCGCGAGCUGCCGCGCCGCCAGGAGUCGCAGCAGCCGGUGCGCCGCCGCCAGCCAGUGCCCAGCUACCAGCGCACCUGGGACAAGGAGGCCGACCACGCGCCGCUCUUCAGCUUCCAGCUGCGUCCGCGUGUCAUGCAGAUGGGCCAGACGUGCAAGCUGCUCUGCUGCCUGUCCGGCAAGCCGGCGCCCACGGUCAAAUGGUACAGAGGCGACCAGGAGCUGAGUCGCGGCGAGUACAACAUCACCAACGCCGACGGCGUGGUCACGCUCGAGAUCGGCAACUGUCAGCCGGAGGAUUCCGGGAAGUACCGCUGCGUGGCCACCAACGCGCUCGGCACCGCGGAGACCUCCUGCGUCAUCAUCGUUGAAGUGCCGAAGUAUCGACGCUACCUGUCGAGCGCGGCGUCCUCCCACCCGACCACCAACGGCAUCUCGUCGCACAAGUUCUCUUCGGCGUACAAGUCCGACGCCACCGGAUACAAGUCCGAGUUUAAGUCGGAGUUCAAGUCCUCGCAUUCGUCGUCACACCAGAGUUCUUCGUAUCAGUCGAGCAGCAUGACAUCGUCCAACAUGGCAUCUAGCGGCAGCCGCUUCAAGUCUGGCUUCGACACCGGCCUGACGAGGUCCGGCUUCGACACCGGCCUGACGAGGACCGGCUUCGACUCCGGACUGCGGUCCGGCUACGACUCCGGACUGCGGUCCGGCUACGAAACGGGCCUGCGCUCAGGGUUCGACUCCGGUCGGCGAUCUGGCUUCGAGUCGGAGUUCACCAAGUCCAGUCUGGACUCGGCACCGGCGCCGAAGGCCGAGCCAACCGAGAAACGUGUGCUGAAGCCAUACGGCAAGACGCUGUCGGGCAGCUCCACCCGCUCCCGCUCGGCCACCAAGGAGCUGGAGAUUCCGCCCGACGACUCGCUCAUGCACGCGCCCGUCUUCGACGACAAGAUGCCGGCGACGCUGGCGGUGCGCGACGGCGCGUCGCUGGCUCUGCACUGCCAGGUGCACGGCGACCCCGACCCCAAGAUCGCCUGGAGCAAGAACGGCGAGCUGCUUAGCUCAUCGGCCGCUGUCGACCUCAAGUACCGGCAGGGCGUGGCGUCGCUCGCCAUCGCCGAGGUGUUCCCCGAGGACGAGGGCGCCUACGAGUGCCGCGCCUACAACUCGAUGGGCGAGGUCACCACCACCUGUCAAGUGACCGUCACCCCUGCUCCGGCGCCCGUGAAAGCCAAGGAGAGCGUGCCGCUGAAGAGCGCCGGCGGCGAGGAGGAGCCGCCCCGCGUGCUGGAGCACCUGCGGUCGAUGGUGGUGAAGGACGGAGAGGCCGUCACUCUGUCCUGCCGAUUGACGGGAACGUCCAAGUUUGAGGUGGUGUGGCUUCACAACGACAAGGAGAUCAAGCCGUCUAAGGACUUCGAGUACGACAGCGUAGGCGAUAUGUAUCGCCUGAAGAUCGCCGAGAUCUUCCCCGAGGACUCGGGCGCCUACACGUGCGAGGCCUUCAACGACGCCGGAGAGAGCUUCUCCUCCUGCACCUUGGUCGUCCUCGUGCCGAACGAGGAGAUGAAGCAGCCUGCCUUCAAGACAUUCCCCGUUUCGGCGACGGUGGCCGAAGGGCAGGCGGCCCACUUCGCCUUCACGUUAGAGAAGCCGGCCACCAAAGUGACGUGGUGCAAGGACGGCAAGCCUCUGGACGACACCAACAGCCGGCUGAAACUGGGCGGGGAGGGGACCAGCCACCAGCUGGAUGUGACCGCCUGUGCCGCCAACGACGUCGGCCAGUACUCGGUGAAGGCGCAGGCGGCAGGCGGCGACGAGACGGUGGCCAACUUCUCCCUUAACGUCACCGCCAAACAAAAUUAACGCCGCGUACCAGACUGUCCCCUCUACCGAACGACCCCCGACUUGGCAAGUGCAGGGCGAGCUGCGCCCCCAGCGGCGUCGGCGGCAGCCCAAGCCUGCGAGCGUGCGAACGACCGCGCCGAGUGUAUAUAACGCGCAAUAAUCCUGCGUGCGCGGCCCCGGCCGGACGGUUUGCGUUGGAGUCCAGUCUCACAACUAGCGACGGCCACACGGCGCGUGUGAAAACAGCUGCGGGAUUGUUCUAGUCGAGUUUAGAUAGCCGUGAGAGAAGGUC